AUGGCUUCAAUGAUUGGGGAGGAAGAAAGAAGGUUUGAAGCAGAAGUGUCGGAGGUGGAAUCAUGGUGGGCCUCAGAGAGGUUUAAGCUAACACGUCGUCAUUAUUCUGCUAAAGACAUCGUUUCUUUACGGGGCAACCUCAAGCAAGCCUAUGCCUCAAAUGAGCUUGCUAAGAAGUUGUGGAGGACUCUCAAGACUCAUCAAGCCAAUGGCACGUCUUCUAGAACCUUUGGAGCACUUGACCCUGUUCAGGUCACUAUGAUGGCUAAGCAUUUGGACACCAUUUACGUGUCUGGGUGGCAAUGCUCCUCUACUCACACAUCCACCAAUGAGCCUGGACCUGACCUUGCUGAUUAUCCUUAUGAUACAGUCCCAAACAAAGUUGAGCACCUCUUCUUUGCUCAACAAUAUCAUGACCGAAAACAAAGAGAGGCUCGGAUGAACAUGUCACGUGAAGAAAGGGCGAGAACUCCGUUCAUUGAUUACUUGAAGCCCAUUAUUGCUGAUGGUGAUACUGGCUUUGGUGGUGCAACUGCGACUGUCAAACUUUGCAAGCUCUUUGUGGAGCGUGGCGCUGCAGGUGUUCACAUUGAGGACCAGUCAUCCGUCACCAAGAAGUGUGGCCACAUGGCUGGAAAAGUGCUCGUUGCUGUAAGUGAACACAUCAAUAGGCUUGUGGCUGCAAGGCUGCAAUUUGAUGUGAUGGGGACCGAAACAGUCUUGGUGGCUAGGACUGAUGCUGUUGCAGCGACAUUGAUCCAGUCCAAUAUUGACACCAGAGAUCAUCAGUUCAUACUGGGUGUUACUAAUCCCAAUCUCAGGGGGAAAGGUUUGGCCACUAUACUAGAAGAAGCCAUGACAGCUGGAAAAAGUGGAUCAGAGCUUCAAGCAAUUGAGGAUAACUGGUUGUCAACGGCACAAUUAAAGACCUUUUCAGAUUGUGUUACGGAUGCAAUCAAGAACUUAAAUGUUGAAGAGGCUGAGCAAAAUAGGAUGUUGAAUGAAUGGAUGAACUACUCAAGUUUCGAGAAGUGCAUUUCAAACGAGCAAGGCCGAGAGAUUGCUAAAAGAUUGGGGCUUACCGAUCUUUUCUGGGACUGGGACUUGCCAAGGACUAGAGAAGGGUUCUAUAGAUUUCAGGGUUCUGUGAUGGCUGCAAUUGUGCGUGGUUGGGCUUUUUCACCUCAUGCCGAUCUAAUUUGGAUGGAGACAUCUAGUCCUAAUCUAGCUGAAUGCACCAAGUUUGCCGAAGGGAUGAAAACUAUGAGGCCUGAGACUAUGUUGGCUUAUAAUUUGUCUCCUUCAUUCAACUGGGAUGCAUCAGGGAUGACCGAUGAACAAAUGAAGGACUUCAUUCCUAAGAUUGCCAAGCUAGGCUAUUGUUGGCAGUUCAUAACGCUUGCUGGUUUCCAUGCUGAUGCACUGAUUGUGGAUACAUUUGCCAAGGAUUUCGCUAGAAGGGGAAUGUUGGCAUAUGUGGAAAAGAUACAGAGGGAGGAAAGGAACAAUGAUGUCGACACACUAGCUCAUCAAAAAUGGUCCGGUGCUAAUUACUAUGACAAGGUCCUUAAGACUGUUCAAGGAGGCAUUACCUCUACUGCUGCUAUGGGUAAAGGUGUAACUGAGGAACAAUUUAAGGAGACGUGGGCAAGGGCAGGAGGUACCAGUAUGCGUGACGACAAUGUGGUGAUUGCCAAGUCAAGAAUGUAAAACUGUUGGAGUCUAAUACAGAGAGCCUUGAGUAUUUUCGUUUGUUCAUGUAAACUUAAUAAUGUUAGUAUGUUUCCGUUUGGACUUCUAUUAGCUCAUGCUAUUAUGUUGUAAAAUAAAUUGAGGUUU